AACGCAAAAGAAGUCAUUACUUGCAGUUGACCAGUCCUUAUACUUCAACUUAUUUACCUCACCAUGCGGCCAUCCGAUAUCUUCAUCAUGGCGACAGCCUUUAUUUCCGUCUCUGCUGAGACUUGCAAGCCAACAUCUGCCAUUUGCUCUCCUUAUUCAAUCUGUGCCAGUAUGGGUCCCUCUGGUCAAGUAUGCGGUACACAGGGAACAGCUUCUGAUUGUACAUGGGUGGCUAACCAGGGCUCUGAUUCCGGGACUGUUACUUGCCAAUGCUGCCACUAGGGGACACAGUAUAUAUAUAUUAGUUUACCUAACACUUAUAAACACAAGCUGCCUAAUAUAUUUAUUGUAAUUUAUUUACUAGUUAACUUACUGAUUACUUAAAUAUUAACUAUCUAUAUUUAUAUAGUUCAA